AUGGCGAUUGCAAUUGCAGUCAUAAUAAGACUUAUCCAUGUGAUUCACUAUCUGAUGAAUGGACAUUUCCCACCAGUUGAUGAUAUUAUUAUUGAUGGCCAAGUGAACAACAACGCUCUAGGAAGUCUGAGAAAUAUUCUAACUCAGACACGAAGAGACGAUGUCCUAGAACUUUUAUACAAAACAAUGGCAGGUAAAAUAAUUAUGGAGCCAAAAAAGCUAUCUAGACUCGCUAAAUUUUUAAUAAGCGUUCUAUUUCUUUCAAAUAUCCAAUAUUAUCAUUCACUUUAUAGUAUUCUCAAUUUUGAUUGGUUAAUUUACCUGCAAAUAACAGCGUGCAAAUAAUAGUCUGAGCAUGCGCAUUUGUUGAAAAUGUUGCUCAGCUACAAAUAAUACUCUGAGCAUGCGCAUUGCCUUCAAUUUUUGUAAACAAUGGCAGCUCCCUUUGCUGAAUAGUCUAGGACCUAUAUAGGAGUUUGUAUGCGUUUCAUUUAGCACAGAUAAUCUCAACUGUUUUAGGGUAAACUGACCAUGGCGGUCAACAUGGCAUAUGUGCCAAAACCUGAAUCCAGGACGAAAGUCCUGAAAAUGACCCCGCUCUGAAACGGCAGUGCCGACAUAGCUCUAACUUCCGAAAAGUAAAAACGACAGCCUUUCUGAAGUGCUUAUAGUGUUUAGAAAGGUUGCUUUUAGGGGUGAUUAUUGGACGGAAAAAAUUGUCUAAGUAUAAUAUUUGACAAGAAAAUGACCACCAUGUACCACCCCAGGUCAACUGCUAAUUAUGCAUAAAAUAGUUUACAUACCUGGCAGAAAUUAAAUUUUCUUAUUUCCUGAAAAAAAAUAUUAUGGGAUAAAAACUAUGCUUAAUUUAAUAUAAUUAUUGUAGAUUUCAUAAGAUUGUCAUUGUUUUCUAUAAAUACAAGACAUUUUAUUUCAUUUAAUUUCAGCCAUAUUUUGCCGUCUUGUUUGCUUUUUAUCGCCGAGUCUCGUAAAUAUCAUCCAGUUAUUAGAUAUAUGAUGUCUGUGCAUACAAACUCCUAUACAGGAAUGUCUUAUUAUAAGGAAAGAUAAAACGAAGCUUUAUAAGAGCUGAGAAUGAUAAAAUAAUUAUUGAACCCGGUUCUCGCAAAAUAUCGUGAUUUGUCGGUGACUCGCAGCGGAUCAACUAUUUGCCGAUGCCAGAGAUAAAUCUUCAUAUCAGCUAAAAAAUCAGCUUAGAUUUCUCAAUUUGCGUGCUUUGUUCAAAAGCUUUUGAAUGGUCUGUGGUCUGUGCCGGUAGUCCCAAACUACCAGUAAUAACAAAAUCGAUUGAUAGAGAUGAAAAAUCAAGGAGAAUUUCGUCGGAAAGUAGAAACGUCAGAGUUUUUGUAUUUUCCAGUUGGUUGCAUCUAUCAAUCGAAGUUUUGUUUCAAGUUUGUGUGUUAACAAUAUAUUGACGUUGUCAAAUUUCACAAAUGCAUUUACUUUCUAUAUACUUAAAGGCGACACCAGUGUGCUGGAACGACAUGAGAGGAACAUUCAUGAUAUCCUGAAUCAGUUUUAUAUUGACCGCGACGACGAUAUAUGGCCCGUAUGGUGUUACCUCUUUACUCGAGAAAACAACCCGCAACGACAAGAGACGAGCGGAUACAGGGGACGAACAGAAAAUGGCAAUAUCGUGUCCUCGGACACAGAAGAUGCAACGCAAAACAACGGAAGAUAUAGACUACAACAAGAGUCGAACGGACACAGGGGAUGCCUAAUAGAAAAUGGCAAUAUCGUGGUCUCCGACACAGAAGGCGCGACGCAAAACAACGAAAGAUAUACACACAGAAGGCGCGACGAUAUAUACACAGAAGGCACAACGCAAAACAACGAAAGAUAUAGAGAUGUGGAAACACGGUCUCUUGACCAAGAUUUGUCUCAUCCAUCUGCACGUCGACCACGAGAUCCACAAACGAGUAAACCGCAGGCAAACCAGAAAGAACCACCAUUGCUCGUACUAGACGACAGAGCGCUCAGAUCUUUUCAAAUGUCAUCACAAGAAGCUGUUCUUCCAGAACAGUCAAUUCCCCUUGGAAACCCACCACGGUGUAACACUUGUGCAAAAACUACGAAGGUAUAAUUCAAGGAAAUUCAUCAUCAUUUGACCAAUUUUCAUCAGCCGGGACGUGAUGGCUAGGGACGAGCCAACGAGAACUCGUUGUGGGGCCCUGCCAUCAUGGGCCCCGCUCGCCAACAAUUUUGGAAAAAAAGAUUAAUUAGCGACUGAAAUGUUUCAUGUUUGAUCAGUAAUAACCCCCCCCCCCCAAUCUUUGUCCAUCCAUCACUGGGCCUGGGCCCCAUCAGACGUUGCUCAUUCGUCGUCCUUCUCAAGACCCCAGCACGUCCCUGAAAAAUUGCAACAACAUGAAACGCUAUCUUCGUUUAGUAUGUUCUUCACUUAUAAUGCAGCUUAAAAGUUCAUGUAUACGUUCUUUUCAAACCUAGUAAUUCCUUAAUAAAAGCCGAUUUUCCACUAGGCGGACGUUUGCGCGCGGAGCGGAAUUAUUCUGUGUCUUUUCUAAUUAGUUCCACCCAAGAAAUCACAAGACAAAGAAAAAAUUCCGCUUAGUGGAAAAUCGGCUUUAGGUCGCGCUGCAGAUUUCAUGGUUGUCCCUCAUUUUAUUUACAAACACCUUGGCAGGUCCUCGAUCUAUUGUAGCCUUUGUAGUAGCGAAAAUAGCCGUAUAUCCCAACACUUGACCAUAAGUAUUAUUUUUGUAGAUCAAACAGACCUCCCGACUAGUUUGGUCAAACGUUCGUGGAAUUAUUGAAGAGUUGAAUCCUCAACAGCUCCAGGAUUUCAUCGCUGAACUCAAUAAAUGCGACGAGGGAAUUUUAGGUGCAAUACAAUUCCAUGAUCAUGGCGCUCUAACUCAUGAGAUUGUCGAUGCCUUACAAAGAUACCAUCUUAGUGGGGAAAGGUGCAUCCUAUGUCUUUUGAAUUAUGUCUUUCAUCGCAUUGGACGCAGCGAUUUAACCAAUAGCGUUAAAGGAAUCCCACCCAGCCUCGAAUGA